AUGGCCAAGCCGGGCGCCCGCGCCGGCCUCGCCCGGGCUUUAGAUGAAUUGGAGCGGGCGGAGCGUAAUUAUGAAGAGCCUGAGCUUGCCACCAAAGCAGCAGCUAAUGCCGCGGCCGCCGCCGUGCGGCUCAUGCGGAAGCGGCCAAAUGACAGCAAAGCGCAGCAGGCUGGUUUAGAGGCUCUAGUAUUGGCGACGAGCGUGCCGUCGCGCGUCGACGCGGCGUUAGAUGCCGGGGCUGCGGCCGUGGUGCAGCGGGCCGCGGCGCGCUUCUGUGAUAAUCAUGAGGUCGCCGAUAAGUGCCGCGAGGUCUCUCAGCGACUCCUGGCUUCGUCGAUACAGCUGCCCGAAGAUGAGCGGGACGACGCGUCGACCGUCGUCACGACGACGUCCAAGAGUCGGCAAAAUGAGAAGCUCCGUGAAGAUAUAAGAAGGGACUCGGCGCUCUUCCAGUCCUACGCCAUUUCGGAUGAGAACGCCACUAAAUUACUCCAGAUGUUCCCGCCCGAUUCGAAUCAAAGAUCGCCGGUGGGGAAGCGGCGGGAAUUUGCCGCGUCUUUUGUGAGGGAUCGGUCGCAGUCUCCUGAACGUAAGUCAGACGCUUUGUUCGAGUCGUCGCGGGACGACGCCGAUUCUUUAUCAACUCUAAAGCCGGAGAACUCCGUGGACUCGCGGCGGACCGCGUCGGCCGACUCGCCGUCCGUCGUGAGGCGGAGGCGACGAACUGACGACUCGCGGAGCCCGAAGACCGUGGACUCGCCUUCAGUAGUCAGGAGACGUAGAAGGCGGCGUUCACCUCACAGGGAUAUAGACAAGGCGGCCGUGUUGGAUAUACGAAGGGAGACCGCGAAGCUACGGGAGACCAGUGAAUUGAUCAUGGACGACGAGACCGUGACCUUGCCACCCACAGCGGUAGAAAGAGAAGUGGACGGUUUGACAAGGGACAUGGGCGCGCCCUACAUGGAUGUGGACGCGGAAUUGUUCCUGAGCGCCCACGGCCUGCCCCAGAAUACGCGAAGGAAGCGCACCGUGCGACUUUUAGAAAGAUUGUUCGCGCCGCCCGUCGGCACGAUCAACGUGGAAGAGGCCAGGUUCCUCUCGGCUUUAGAUCUAGGUCGACGCGAGCGCGAGAUGAUCUCGGCAGCUCGAGCGGAGGAGGGCGAUCGGUUGCGGGAAAGAGGAGUAGCAAGGGGCUGGUCUAGAGCUUUAGCUGGUGUGCUGGGCGACGGCGUCGGCGAUCCAGUGAUGGAUGAUGCGAACUCGCGCCUGUUGACGCGACGGGGGCCGGUGCGGCCGUCCCAGGCCAACCGGUUGCGCCACGCGUCUUCCGUAAUUAAGGAGCAGGAGGAUGUCGCAGCAAAGGCGCGUUCUUUACUUGAGGACGCCGCGUCAAGGAAAGAGCCGCCUGGAUUGAUGUCGAUGGGUAUGGCGCAGGUCCACGGCCCGAAGGAAGGCCCCCAGGCCGACGCGUUGAAGGUCGCCGACCCGACGCCGUUAUUGGCUUUGCUGCGAUCUCUAGAUCCAAGAAAUACGGGAGUGGUCGCGCGGUCGCAAUUUGAAAGAGCUAUUCGCGUCGCGGCCGGCAACGCGCUCACCGAGGAUGAAGUGCAGCACCUCGCGGACCACUACGCUACCAGUGUUGAUCGAUUAGACGUGGGGAAGGAGCCGGGCGGGUUUGCUGUACAACGUUCAACGACAGAGAAAUCAGCUGACCCGGUCCCCGAGCCGGUCGUCGACUACGAGUUAUUUGUGUCGUCCGCGAAACUGGGCGCGGCGUUCGGCGCGCCUCGAGCAGAUAUGCCUUACAAGGGCUUCUAUGAUAAGCAGCAGCCGAAGCCGGAGCACGACCGGUACAUCCCCGGGGCUCUGCGCUGCGGCGCCGACGGGAAUCGAGGUUCCAGAGUAGCGAAGGAGCGGCCGCCCACGACCUGGGACGAACAUGUGAGGAGGGUGCGCGAGGCCAAGGCCGGCGCCUUCGCUUAUCUCGUGAGGCGAGGUUUCGGCGCUUUGAGGACAGCGAGAGCCAAGAGUGCUUCUGGAAGGUGGCUGAAGCUCACGGGAGAACGAGCCGCGUGCGUCUGCUACUUUCGAGUGCUGGCGAAGGCGGCGGACAAGCACUGGACGAAGAAGCAGAAGGCCUACCAGUGGUGCAAGGCGCGCGUCGGACGAGCGAGAAGACAUCGAGAGAACCGGAACGACGCGCACCGCUACCUCAUGAUUAGGGCAAGGGCGGCCCGAGAGCAGAAGACGGCCCUCAUCCAAGGCAAGGCCGCCCCGGCCAAGGCCUGGGAGCUGCAUUUUAGACGCAAAGCGGCCUUUGAAUAUUUGACGUGGCGCGGCAAGAAGUGUCUGUCCUUGAACGCGGAUCUACUCGCGGCGCACACCUUCCUCAGUGAAAGGGGAGAGAACAUGCGCGCGACGUGGGUGAUCAUGCAGAUUGAAUUAAUACGCAUUCGCGAGGUGUCGGCGCAGUACCAUGCCGCGGAGAAGGCCCGGGCGAUCACGGCACUCGAAUUGCGUACGUUAGCCGUGCGCGUGCACCGGCAACAGAUAUUAAGGAGAAGAGACAUGAAGAUUUUGAUCACCAAGGCCGAGAAGGGUAGGAUAGCCAACAAGAAGCGCGACAAGAUGUUCAUAUCAUUGGAUAAGCUCGGUAGGGGCGCCAUCGAGAAGGUCUUUAGGACGGAGAACGCCGUGGAUAUGCUGAACGCGGUGGGCGCGUGUUGCUUGGCGCACUGUCGUCGUCAAGUAGCAGCUAGGGAGCAUUUGAUGAACAGAGUGGAGCGAUUGCAACGCGCUAGGGUACUGAUGGAGCUUGGACAUAAAUAUUUAUCAGCCUUGGGCGAGCGAGCGAUUCACACGUCAAUAGCCCAGACCGAAGCAAGGGAGUGGCUUAGUGGAGAGAUCGGCAAUAUCAAGAGGAGCGAAGUGAUUCAGAAACAAGCACUGGCUCGCCAAGAACUCAGUAGUGCGGUCCAGCAAGCGCGCGACGCCUGGCUCUCGCGCGUUUUGAAGGACAAGUAUCCCAAUGAACUGAAAGAGUUCGAGAAGGCCGCUAACAAUAGGGAGUCGGAGCGGAUGAAGGCCGCGGCCCAGCUCCCGACGCGCGACGACAAAUUGAAGGACGUGCUGCAGUGCGCGUUCUCGAUGUAUGAUAUUGAUAAUAGUGGAGAGAUCGACCGGCAGGAGUUCAUCGCGAUGAUGAAGAACGGGUUAUUGUUGGGCGUCGACGAGCCUCCUACUCGCGAUGAGUUGCGGGAUGCGUUCCGGCAGGUCGAUGUCGAUCGGUCCGGCGCGGUGUCGUUCCCGGAGUUUUAUGCAUGGUUCAACCACUCGCGGAACAUCAACUCGACGGGCGUGCCGGGCCUCGACAAAAUUGUACCCGUCCGCGACCGCGCGUUACGUGACAUGCUCGCGGCCUACCGGCGGGGCGAGCUCGAACUCACUCCCGAGGAUUUGAAGCCGCCGCAGCCCAAGGGCGCGCCCCGGCGCAAGAGGGUCAAGGACGCGCCAGUGGUGGUCCAGAAGGAGUCGCUCGCCUCGCGGUUGGCGGCCAAGAGCAGGACCAUGGACACGAACGAUUCCGUGAUUAAGCGGCGGCUGAAGGCUAAGAGGGAAAGGGACGCGCAGGAGCAGGUCGCGGUCGCGGCGUCUCAAAGGUCCUUUCGUUCGACCUCGACGGGCGGUCUUCUACUGUUGCCGAGCGUGUACGCCAUCGACGCGCCGUCUGCUCGAUGGCGUGGCGGUCGAUUCUCGUCUCGAGACCCGCGCGGCUCACUGGUGUUGUUUCCCCGCAGGCCGACCUGCUGGCCAAGGACUUCCGCGCGAACUGCGCGAAGAUCUUCGACCUGAUAGAUGAAGAUGGCUCAGGGACGCUCAGCCUUCCCGAAAUCAUGCUCGCGCUCAAGGGCAAGCCCGAUGUUUUGAGGUUCAUCAAGACUUGCCGGAACCCAGUCCUUUCCGAAUUUUUGGUGCCUCCACGCGUGCAAGCCGCGAUGAAGGAAUGUGAUACCAAUUCAGACGGCGAACUGGACCGAGACGAGUGGAAGGCUCUGAGUGAUAGAUCCUUGGAGGCUAUCUUGGAGCGGCACGCGCUCGCUCGCGGCAACGACGAUGAGUCUCGGUCUGUGCAUAAAUCAAAAUGCCACGGCGCCUUCGUGCUGAAUCUUCGCGUCGACCUUGACGCCAUCGACGCGAGCACCCGACUCACUGGUUGAUUUGCGCACAGGUUCAUAGACGAAUUUCUCGACAUGGCGGUCAUCGUCUACGACCUUAUUGAUGAAGACAUGAAUGGGACGCUGUCGAAGGAGGAGCUCGUCAAAGCCUGCGGCGAGGACGAGGACGUGAUCGAGUUUGUGGUAAAAUGCCCCCUGCCGGAGCUGCAAGACCUAUUGAAUCCGGAGCUCCUCGACAAGGCCCUGUCAGAGAUGGAUACCGACGACGACGGGAGCAUCAGUAAAGACGAGUGGACGGAAGCGGUCGGUAGCUCGCUCACGAAGCUGCUCGACGAGCGCCAGAAGGACCGCGACGCGGACAACGAGUUCGCCAUCGACUUCCAGACGAAAGCCAGAGAGGUCUUUGAGAUGAUCGACGCCGACGACUCGUGGACGCUCGACAAGGAGGAGCUCAUGGCGGGCAUCAACCAGAAGCGGGUGUCGCGCUUCCUCAUAUCUUGUGGCAACGAACAUUUGCAGUACCUCUGCGUGCCGGCUAGAUUGGGCCCGAUGCUCUGGGAGCUGGAUACGAGCAAGGACGGGAUCAUCUCGUUGGACGAGUGGGACUCGGCCAUCGCCAUAGCAUUGGACAAGAAGCUCGAACAGAGAGCCGCGGCCCGUAGUAGAGACAAGAAGGUCGCGGCCGACCAAAGACUUGCGGAGGCGUUUGAUAUGAAUGCGGAUUCGCUCGAGGCGGUGCGCGAUCGCAAACUCGCGGAAUUGGAAGGACGCAUCGACGAAGACGGGAAUAUUAUAUCUCAGGAGGAGAUGGAUAGAAGGGCGGAAGAGGCCGAGCUCGCGCGCCUCAAGGCGAUUCCGCGCAACGCCUGGGGCAUGCCGCUCUCGAACCGGUCGUCGCUGCUGUGCGCGAUCAUGUAACUACUGUAGUAUGUUAA